UAUGCCGCCCUGAAACCCAACCUGGCACUCCUGGCCAUCAACACCCUGCGGAAAGACUGCACUGACCCCAACCCCAUGGUCAGGGGCCUGGCUCUCAGGAGUAUGUGCAGCUUCAGGUUGGUGCGCCUCCUGGCUGAAGACAUCACUGACCUCAGGCCUCGAGACAACUGCUCAGAGACACUGUUACACUCAGGGUCACCGGGCCCGAAACCUUAACUCAUGAUUCCCUCUUCACAGAUGCUGCACAGACCUGCUGAGCUUUUCCAGCAACUUCUGGUUUUGUUCUUUGUAUAUUUUUGGGAACAAAGACAGAAGUUUGCCACGGAACGCAGUGGACGCCGGGGCAUUAAGUGUCUUCAAGGUGGCGAUUGAUAAAUUCUUGAUCUCUCAAGGAAUCAAGGGCUACGGGGAGAGUGCAGGGAAGUGGAGAUGAAAUGCCCAUCAGCCAUGAUUAAAUGGUGGAGUGGAUUCAAUGGGCCAAACGGCCUUACUUCCACUCCUAUGUCUUGUGGUCUUAUGAUCUAAGUUGCAGGAAAAGCUCAGCAGGUCUGGCAUCAUCUAUGAAGAAAAAAAUCAGAGUUAAUGUUUAACAGUUCUGAGGAAGGGUCACCCCACCCAAAACAUUAACUCUGAUCUUUUUCUUUGCAGAUGCUACCAGACCUGAGCUUUUCCAGCAACUUCUGGCUUUGUUCUUGUAUAGUAUUGUGCACCUCUGGAACAAGGAGCAUUUGAACCCAGGCCUCCUGGCUUAAACAAUAAAAAAAACCGAAAGAACUGCAGAUGCUGUAAAUCAGGAACAAAAACAGAAGUUGCUGGGAAAGCUCAGCAGGUCUAGGCAGCAUCUGUUUGGGGGAGGAAUCAGAAGUGAGGAAGGAUAACCAGACCCAAUGUGUCAACUCUGAAUUUUUUUUUCCUUCACAGAUGCUGCUCAGCUUUCCCAGCUUUUCCAGCAACUUCUGUUUUUGUUCCUCCUGGCUUAACGAUAGGGAUGUACCAUUGUACCACAACGUUCACCACCUCCUGCUCCCCAGCUCUAGCUCCAAUCAUAGAAGUGCAGCCUGAGGCAGUACUGCACAGUCAGAGGUGCAGCUUCUGUUCAAUAUCCAUGUUCAACCAAAGCUCUGUUUCCAUUAUCGGGUGGACACACUGUUUACACCCGAAUAUAGAAUGCCAGGUAUAAGUGAGUACAUUCAACAACCAGUACUAAAUGGAUUAAGAGAUAAAGCUUCCUAUGUCAGGCGAGCAGCAGUCCUGGGAUGUGCUAAAAUGCAGACUCUUCAAGGGGAUACAGAAAUUGAUGGGGCUGUAGUAAAUGAGCUGUAUGCUAUGCUGCGUGACCCAGAUCCUAUUGUCAUGGUCAAUUGCUUGAGAGCAUUGGAGGAAAUCCUGAAACAUGAAGGUGGUGUGGUCAUCAACAAGCCAAUAGCACAUCACCUUUUAAACAGAAUGAAAGACUUGGAUCACUGGGGGCAGAGUGAAGUGUUGGCAUUCCUGGUUCGCUACAAGACCCGAACCGAAGACGAAGUGUUCACAUUUCUGAAUGUGCUCGAUGACUUUCUCAAAAGCAGUCAACCUAACGUUGUCAUGGCGACCACCAAACUAUUUCUUCUGCUGUCUGAAGAUUUCCCCAACGUGCAGAUGGAUAUUCUGGAACGAGUGAAAGGGCCGCUGCUAGCUAUCUGCACAUCAGAGUGUCACGAGCUGUGUUUCCUGGGUUUGUGCCAUGCACGGGAAAUCCUUCGCAGCUCACCUGGGCAUUUCAGUGAUCACUACAAGAAAUUCUUCUGUAUGUACUCUGAACCCAAUUACAUUAAAUAUCAGAAAAUGGAAAUCCUCAGGGACUUGGUGAACGAUGAGAAUGUCCAGCAGAUACUGGAGGAGCUUCAGACCUAUUGCACAGAUGUUUCUGUAGAGUUAGCUCAGGUGGCCAUUUUAAAUAUAGGUCGAAUUGCACGGACGUAUAGUGAAAGGUGUGUGGCUAUUUUGAAGGGACUACUGGGCCUCAAACAGGAACAUGUUACAUCAGCUGUCAUUCAAACAUUUCGCGAUCUGGUAUGGCUGUGUCCCCACUGUACAACGACUGUAUGCCAGGCACUACCAGGCUGUGAGGAGAACAUCCAAGAUAGUGAGGGGAAGCAAGCCCUGAUCUGGCUCCUUGGGAUGCACGGAAAACAGGUUCCCAAUGCUCCCUACGUCUUGGAAGAAUUUGUGGACAAUGUCAAAACUGAGACCUCUGUAACAGUGAAGCUGGAGCUGAUCACAGCGAUGGUGCGCCUGUUCCUGAGUCGCCCAGCUGAAUGUCAGGAUGUGCUGGGAAGACUACUUCAUUAUGUUAUUGAGGAGGAGUUAGAUAUGGCUGUGCGUGAUCGAGGACUGUUAUAUUUUCGGCUGCUUCAGCAAGGAGUUGAAGAGGUCUGGCGGGUAGUCUGUGGACCAAGAUCUGAUCCAUCAUUGGAUGUAAUAAGUGGUCAAGCUAGCGAGGCAGUCAGUACCUGGUCCAAAGACUUUAACACACUAAUACCAAUCUAUGGCCAAGAAGAGUGGGAUCGCUUAACAGCACAGAAAGGGGACUCCUUAGAAAUCCUGCAGGUGUCAGCAGUAAAGUCAGAUGAAAAAGACACAAGCCCAGAACAAAGAGAAGAGAUGGCUGUAGACUCUGACUCAGUCAGUUUGGAGACCAGUGCCCACCUGUCGCCGGAGCAGUUUGAGGAGUACUGGACUCGUCUGGAACCUGCUAAAGUUGUGACUGUGGACUGGCACAAAGACUCAUGCCCUGAUGCCAUCCAAACUGCUUUUCAGUUUGUUCACAUCCAGCCGGUUGCAAUUAGCCGAGCAGGAGUGCAACCGUGGAAAGCCUAUCUGUUUGCCAAAAAUGACGCUGGGCCAUUGUUUUUAAUUGAACUCUUAACAGUAAAAGGCAAGAGGGACAUGCAAAUUACUGUUAAGCAAGAGAAUAGCAGCGAACCAUUGCUCAACAACUUCAUCGCUGUUGUUAAGUCUGUAAUACAGGCUCUGGGUGAGACUAAAAGUUAGACCUUGAAUAUGUUUCAGUGGCUGCAGGAGAAAAAUACUCUCCUAUCUGAGAAAACCAAGUCACGUUUUACUUCCAAAAUGCCAUCAGAUGUUGGUAAAGGGAAACAGUUCCAGUGCUUGCCUAUCUGGCUAAACUGCAAAAGUAGUUUGUUGUGUCAUGUUUUGAUGUGGUGAAGCAAGUUGUAAAUAUGAUUUUAUUUUUGCAAUGCAAGAUACAUUGGUGAAUUUAAUUGAUAGCAAAGCCAGUAAACAUUUCAUUUGAAAUUCUAAACUGGCGUAGUUCCUGGAACUCCAAUUGUUCGGACUGCAUCUACAUAGCUAAAGCGAAAACACAGUCCUUCCCUAUCCGAUUAUAAGCCAAUGCACGGGUUUUUGACUUGCUCUCACUCCUUUUUUCAUAAAGGAAAAUAAAGCAUCAAAUUUGUGCAACCUA